AUGCGCUUGCCUUUAGGGAAAAGCUUCGAAUGCAGUUCUUCAAUGGACGUUUCCAGCCAGACUGCAGGAUUUUUCAGAGCUGUGCAAGCUCGAGUGCACUGCAGGACUCUGCCGAGAAGCACGCAUUCUUCAGGCUGAGAUCUCAGCUCAUUUGCCAUGCCAUUCUUGGACGGUGAUGUGGAGAGCACAGACAAAAAUGCUUCUCGCAAGGUGGAAGAAAGCUACUCUGCCAGCAGUCCUUCAAAAAGCUUUUUCUCAAAAGGGCUCCAGAACCGACCUUCCAGCCCUGUUUCUGCCCCUGUGAGAUCCAAACAUAGCCCUGGCUCACCCAAAACAGUGUUCCCCUUCCCCUACCAGGAGUCUCCCCCACGCUCCCCUCGCCGAAUGAGCUUCAGUGGGAUCUUCAGGUCCUCCUCCAAAGAGUCUUCCCCCAAUUCUAACCCGUCUACCUCUCCUGGGGGCAUCAAGUUUUUCUCCAGAUCAAGAAAAACCUCUGGCCUCUCCUCUUCUCCAUCUACCCCAACACAAGUGACCAAGCAGCCCACAUUUCCUCUUGAAUCCUAUAAGCAUGAGCCUGAGAGACUAGAAACACGGAUUCACUGUUCUUCACCUCCGGACACAGGGCAGAGAUUUUCUUUGCCUCCAUCUCAAAGUGCAGCCAAGCCUCCUGUCAUGACACCAGCUCCCUGUGCUACCUCAAAACCAGCGGCGGCGGCGGCAGCGGCUCCGGCUCCCUCUCAGCACCCGGCCGCCUCCGAAGGGAUGCUGGAGAAACUAGAGCUCGAAGAUGAAGCACUUGAAGAAUCGGAAAGUGACAUUUAUGUGCGAUUCAUGAGGUCACACAAGUGUUAUGACAUUGUUCCAACAAGCUCUAAGCUUGUUGUUUUCGACACUACGCUACAAGUAAAGAAAGCCUUUUUUGCCUUGGUGGCAAAUGGUGUGAGAGCAGCUCCACUGUGGGAGAGUAAAAAACAGAGUUUUGUAGGAAUGUUAACAAUUACAGAUUUCAUUAACAUACUGCAUAGAUACUAUAAGUCUCCAAUGGUUCAGAUUUAUGAAUUGGAGGAGCACAAGAUAGAAACCUGGAGGGAGCUUUAUUUACAAGAGACAUUUAAACCUUUAGUGAACAUCUCCCCAGAUGCAAGCCUUUUUGAUGCUGUAUAUUCAUUGAUCAAAAACAAAAUCCACAGAUUGCCAGUUAUAGAUCCCGUCAGUGGAAAUGCACUUUAUAUACUUACCCAUAAAAGAAUCCUGAAGUUCCUCCAGCUUUUUAUGUCAGAGAUGCCAAAGCCUGCCUUUAUGAAGAAGAAUCUGGAUGAACUUGGAAUAGGAACUUACCACAACAUUGCCUUCAUACAUCCAGACACUCCUAUCAUUAAAGCCUUGAAUAUAUUUGUAGAGAGAAGGAUAUCGGCAUUACCUGUUGUGGAUGAGUCAGGAAAAGUUGUAGAUAUUUAUUCCAAAUUUGAUGUAAUAAAUCUUGCUGCUGAAAAAACAUAUAAUAACCUAGAUAUCACAGUGACGCAAGCCCUACAGCACCGUUCUCAGUAUUUUGAAGGUGUUGUAAAGUGUAGUAUGCUGGAAACACUGGAGACCAUUGUGGAUAGAAUAGUGAAGGCUGAGGUUCAUCGUUUGGUGGUAGUGAAUGAAGCAGAUAGCAUUGUGGGUAUCAUCUCCCUUUCUGACAUUCUACAAGCUUUGGUACUCACACCAGCAGGUGCCAAACAAAAGGAGAAUGAAAGUGAAUGACUGCUGUGAAUGUAUACGCGUUUGUAGGAGAACUUGAACAAAGUUUCUGGGUCAAGUUUGUCUCAAGAACAGUGACUGCAAUAGAACAGAGCAGGAUGGUUGAGAAUGUGUAUUGGGACUUAGUGAUGGAUGAUGAGUCAAUUCCCCCCCAGUGAUGUCGCAAAAAAGCAGCAUGACAAAAGCUUAUGUUAAAAUGUAGGCUUGUAUUUCAAAAUGUCUUCAAAACAUUUGCUGGAAGACUUCACAUUAUGUCCUUCAUUAAAAUGCACUGUAUUCUGAAACUUUUCAUUUUGUAUUUGACAGAAGUCACUGGUCAGCAAUGGAUAUAUGUGACAUAAGGCAAGUGUAUGGCAUAUUCAUAUCAUAGUGCCUUAUGUCAAAAUACAGCAAUAUGUCAUCACUGUUGCCCAUCACUGUCAAAGGAAGUAUUGUGCUAAACGAGACACUGUAUUUGAAUGUGAAAGUCUUUAAACCUAAAACCAAAUCAGUUUCAGUUCUCAUUAGAUUUGUCAUAAAAGCUGUAAUUUGAAUAUCGGUAGACUUCUUUAAAAUUUCAAUGACAGUUUUGUGUUAAAUGUUGCAUUCUGAACGGAGAUGUAAAACAAGACUGAUUUUAAAAACAGCUUUAUUUAUUUUUACUUUCAUGACAAUUUUUUACACAUCUUUUGGUGGAUAGCUAAUAUUUCACCAUUCAUUAAUAAACUGUUGAUUGUUAUACAAACAAGUGGUAGAUUUUCUCAUUAUUUAAAACUUUGGAGUUGCAGAUGCUGUGGCCUGUUGAUCAGUCCACAUUACUUGAGCUGAAGAUUCCAGAAGCAUGGAUCAAAAGUGCUCUGUACUGUAAUACA